GAAUCUAUUGUUUACAGCGCCCAGCCGAUCAAACAAAGGGAUUACAGUAAAGUGAGCAAAUUCGCCUACUUAUAGUAAGCUAUCGAAGUCAAGAAGGUACACAUUUCCCUAUCCCGUUCUAUAUGGUCUAUAUCUUAUUGUCUGAAACACAACGGGAACCAAGUUAACAGUCCUCCUCCCCCCCCAACUUCAUUUGAUCGCCUGAGAUAGGCAGCAGCAGCCAAGCCCAUCGCUUUCCAAACUCCAACAUCAUCUCUAGUCCGUAUGGUAUUCACGUACAAGUUUCCUUACGGGGCGCAUGUCAUCAUCCUAUUCGUCUUGUCUCUUGCCUCUCUCGUGCUCAUUAUCUUGUGCACAUUUUCCUCCCCCUUCAUCCCCUCUAUCAGCUGGUUGAGAAAUCCUUCUCUGGCCGGCGACACAACAUUCGGCUCGUUUGGCUGGUGUUCGCCAGAUUACUGCUUACAGAAUCGGGUGGGAUAUGAGUAUGGUACACAAGUGAAUAGGGCUUUGACGGGCGGUAUGAUGCUUUGGGCAGUGGCUAUUAUCUUUGUAUUCUUAACCGUUUUAUCUGUGGUUCCACUACUAUUUGUCCACGAAAGCAAGGCGUUACGUACAGUGGGUAAUAGGAUGUUUUUCCUCAUCAUGGAGCGUAUUGGCACAACAAUCACAGUAACUGCGUGGACAUUUUCCAUUUAUGGAUGGAGCAUUGCCCACCGUGCUUUCGAGGUAUCAAACGUCGAAGUACACAUGGGAUCUGCGUUGUGGAUGGGGUUGACAGCGGCUAUUCUCAUGAUCAUUCUCUUUUUCAUCGGAUGGCCUCCAGAGGCCUGGGACGGGCCAUCGACUCGAGCCAAUAAUGGAGCAGGUGCAAGAGGGGUUCCAAUCCCCCCGGGAGUACCUGCAAAUGGGUAUUAUCAUUACAAGAGAACAACACGAGAAGUAGUGCCCAGGUACUAAGUAGACAUAAAUAGUAUAAAUUGCCAGGAUCGUCUGUGGAUUAAAUUUCUUUCAGUUAUUGCCUGAUUCACUCUAUGGAAGAGGUAUGAUGUCUUGAAGUU